AUUAACAAGAGAGCGCGAGCAGCCAUUCGUGAAACAAGACCAUAAACCGGUUCACCGCAAACAAAAACCAUUAUCAAGACCUUUAUAUAUCCUAAAAACUGAAGCUUUCUACAUUGUCUCCAUACCUUUACCAAUUCCAUAACCACCUGAAAGGCACUCGUCUAUGUCACUAACCCUAACCCACGAUGAUAAUUGCCACUUGGAGUUCUCGCUCAGGCACGUUUAAUUCUUCCAAGAGCCUUCUUUGAAUCUCUCGAAUUUUAGGGUUUUCUAGACAGAGAUUUCGCCUUUCAUUGUUGAAGAAAAAGUUUUCAAGCUCGUUAUUCUCUCUCUCUCGAUUUUUUCAAUCGGCGAUCGAAGAUUUUUCUCUCGUGGUGUCGGCUUCCCGGAUUCAUCGUUGAAGAUUUGGAUCGCCAUUGUUUUAUCUGAUUUGUGUGUGUCGGUCUUUUUAAAGUGAAGAUUGGGGAUUGUUUCUCCUGUUAAUGCGAUCUGUGAAUUCUCAUUGAAAGCCCCAUGAAUUUUUCUCGGGGUUGAAUGAAUUGUCCGAAUACUGUGUAUCUCAAGUGGUUAUUGCUGGCUUAAGACGCUUUCUGGUAUAUUGUUGAUCGGUUGAAAGUUCCAACACUUUUGGCUUUAUCACGUAGAGGUAGAGGCGAGGAGCGGGAAGAAGAAGGAAUCAUCGAAGAGACCUUCAUUAGUUGGUUUGAUUGUCCUCUCUUGAGUACUUGAAGAAAGAUAGAGAAAAAAAAAAGUUCAUCUUUGUAUUGUUAUAUUUUUGUUUGAAUUCAGUUGAAUAUCAGGCCACUUUUUUUUUUUUUACGGGCCAUUCAUUGCUUAUAGUUUAUCUAUCUAGGCUUCUUGUGUGUGCUAUAUCUUUUGAUUAUAUUUUAUAAAAUUUAGUGACAAAAAAAAAAAAAAAAAAAAGAAGCAAUGGCUGUGUAUUACAAGUUUAAGAGUGCAAGAGAUUAUGAUUCAAUCCCAAUGGACGGUCCAUUUAUAUCGGUUGGUACUUUGAAAGAAAAAAUUUUUGAAUCAAAGCAUUUGGGCAGGGGUACCGACUUCGACCUUGUGGUCACUAACGCCCAAACUAAUGAAGAAUAUCUUGAUGAAGCAAUGUUAAUCCCAAAAAAUACCUCUGUGUUAAUUCGUCGGGUUCCAGGAAGGCCUCGCAUGCCCAUUGUUACUGAGCAAGAGCCAAAGGUAGAAACUAAGGUGGAUGACACACCAGUAGAAAAGAGUAGUUUUAUGACUGCUGAGACAUCUGCCAUGAAAUAUACUGAAGAUACUGACUGGGAUGAGUUUGGGAAUGACUUGUAUGCAAUUCCUGAAGUACCAGUUGUUCAAUCUAACAAUGCAGUUCUUGAUGCUCCUCCUACCAAUAAGGCUGAUGAAGACAGCAAAAUAAAGGCAUUGAUUGAUACUCCGGCCUUAGAUUGGCAACGUCAAGGUGCUGAUGGAUUUGGCCCUGGUAGAGGUUUUGGAAGGGGUAUGGGUGGAAGAAUGGGUGGACGUGGCUUUGGUCGAUUAGGGUUGGAGCGAAAAACGCCUCCACAAGGCUAUGUAUGUCACAGGUGCAAGGUGCCAGGACAUUUUAUUCAGCACUGUCCUACAAAUGGUGAUCCAAACUAUGAUAUCAAGAGAGUAAAACCUCCUACUGGUAUUCCAAAGUCAAUGCUAAUGGCAACCCCUGAUGGUUCAUAUGCAUUGCCUAGUGGUGCAGUUGCCGUUCUGAAGCCCAAUGAGGCUGCUUUUGAGAAAGAAAUUGAAGGCUUACCUUCGACACGAUCUGUUGGUGAUCUUCCACCAGAACUUCACUGCCCAUUGUGCAAGGAGGUUAUGAAAGAUGCUGUAUUAACAAGCAAAUGUUGUUUCACGAGCUUUUGCGAUAAGUGUAUAAGAGAUUAUAUAAUCUCAAAGGCAAAGUGUGUGUGUGGCGCAACAAAUAUUCUUGCUGAUGAUCUUCUUCCAAAUAAAACGCUUAGGGAUACAAUCAACCGUAUUUUGGAAUCUGGUAACAGUAGUGCUGAAAACGCAGGAAGCACCUUUCAAGUUCAAGAUAUGGAGUCUGCUCGCAAUCCACCUCCUAAGAUUCCAUCACCUACACAGUCUGCUGCAUCUAAGGAAGAGCAGAAGCCCCCUCCUGUUAUGAAAGAAACUGCAAUUCCAAAUACGAAGGAAAAAGUAGACGAGGAGAAGCCGGUUGUCCUCAUACAGCAAGUUCCUGAGAAGCCAAAGAUUCCUAAAGUAGCUGAUGUAUCUGAAGCUACCCAUGAGUCAAUGAGUGUGAAGGAGCCAGCAUCACAAGGUAGUGCUCCACUGGCCGAGGAGGAAGUGCAGCAGAAGCUGGCUCCCAGUGAUCCAGGGAAGAAAAAGAAAAAGAAAAAGGUCCGCAUGCCUCCUAAUGAUUUGUGGAGAGCCUCUCAAGACCUCGCAGCUGAGAGUUAUAUGAUGCCUCUUGGCCCAUCUCCCUUCAAUAAUCCUUUUUGGAAUGGCAUGCAACCUGGUAUGGAAAGUUACAUGAAUCCUUAUGCUGCAGGUCCCAUGCCCUUCAUGGGUUAUGGACUCGGCCCUUUGGAUAUGCCAUUUGGGGGCAUGAUCCCUCCAGACCCCUUCAGUGCACCAGGUUAUAUGAUGCCAGUUGUACCCCCUCAGAGGGAUCUUGCAGAAUUUGGAAUGGGCAUGAAUGCUGGACCACCAGCAAUGAGCAGGGAGGAAUUUGAGGCUCGGAAAGCUGAUUUGAGGAGGCGGCGUGAAAAUGAGAGGCAAGCUGAAAGGGAGUUUUCCAAAGAGAGAGAAUUUGGUAGAGAAGUGAGCAGCACUGGUGAUAUUUCUUCGAUGAAAUCUAAAUCAAUUCCGCCAUCUUCAAGUGGUGAUCCUCAUCCUCACCACCGCCAUAGACCUGAGAGGCCGUCGCCUGCACGAGAGCUUGAGCCACCGCCUCCUCCACUGCCACGUCCUUCCAAAAGAAAAUCCGACCAUGACAGAGAUCGCGAUUAUGACUACCACGACUAUGAUCAUGACAGAGAUAGAGAUAAAGACAAAGCUGAACGCGAUCACCGUCGCCAUCAUCACCACCAUCACCGAUCAGAAUCCUCUGCAAAAUCCUCCUCUGAGACGGCAGUUAAGCCUGCUUCAGCAGCAACAAUAGCAGACCGCAAGAGUAAAGCAAGCGUUUUCUCUCGCAUUAGCUUCCCGGAAGGAGAAACAACCACAAAGAAGCGGAAGGUGUCUUCGUCAGGUGAAGCUACUGCGACAGCAGCCUGUGGUCCCCCUUCAUCUUCUACUCAUCAUAAGUCUUCUUCGUUAGCUAAUGGCCAUUACGAUUCGUCUUCGAAGGCUGCAUCAGUUUCUGCUGGCGGUGGAGGCAAAAAGGGUAGCACUGCUGUCAUGGACUAUGAAUCUAGCGACGAUGAAAGGCAUUUUAAAAGGAAGCCAUCGAGGUAUGAGCCCUCGCCGCCUCCGCCGGUGGGGUGGGAAGAGGAUGCUAAGCAUUCAAGAGGGUCGAGGGAGAGGGAGAGGGAAAGGGAACGCAAGCAUAGAUAAAGGAGGGAAAUUGAAGAAACGCCUCUGCCAUUCCUGGAAGCUGCAGCGCGUGGCUAUGGAGGCAAUUGGUGCCGCCCUCCUGAAAGCCAUAGAUGGGGUAUAAUUGUCGCCGCGAGGGACUAUUGUAAAUGAAUUGCAAGGCGAUGAUUCCUAUGCUAUGUUUUCCUCAAACAUUUGCAAUAUUUGAGUCUGUCCUUACAUUUGGAUAUUUAUGAUUAAGAAUAUAAUAAACCAUUUCAUUCCACAUAUAAUCUUUUAAUAAUUUAUUUAUUUGUUAUGA